CAACAAGAAACAAGAGUGGAAGAAUUAAGAUGGUGAAAUGAAAUGGAAAAAAAACAUAAAAACAUAAAAACAUAAAAACAUAAAGAAUGGCUCAUCCUCAUUGCCCACCAUGCUGUGUCACUCCCCAUUCUGCAAUCUCAGCCGUUGAUAGGCGGAAUUCAUGAAGCUUAUGUCUAUGAAAUCUAGGGCUGACACCAUCAUCAUCAUCAUCUUCUUCUUCUUCUUCUUCUUCUUCUUCUCAAUUUCUUACCCCAUCUUUCCCCAUCGCUUUCACCUUCCCUUCCAUGUCUUCCAAUUUCCACCACCACCAUCGCCACCACCCAAAUCUUCCUUUCAACUCUCAGAUCUCCCCUCCUUCUUGUCCCCAUCUCGCCGACUUCCGUUCUCGCAAUGGCUCCAAAUCCUUCCGUCUUCUCCAGGACUGUCUUCGCGUCAAGCCCCCCGGUGGCCGCGCCGCCAUACGCCGAGACCCUAACGAGGUCCCCCGAUGCGGUUCCUGCGGCGAUUCCGCUCGUCCUAGGCUUUACGCUUGUGUAACCUGCGCUGCCGUGUCCUGUCACGCUCCGCCUUCCCAUUCCCACGCUGCUGCCCACGCCGAAUCAAUGCCGCCUGGUCACGAGAUCGCUGUCGAUGUCGAUCGUGCAGAGCUUUUCUGCUGUGCUUGCCGUGACCAGGUUUACGACCGUGACUUUGACGCUGCGGUGGUGUUGGCGCAAACGACGGCGUCUACUCUUGGUGGGAAUGCUGUGUCUUCCAGUGGAGUGUCGCCGUCGCAGCCUCUGCUUCCACCGGAGAAUCUGAGGAAGCGGCGGAGGGUUGAUUAUCAGCCCUGGAUACCGGAUCUGAGGGAGAGGGUUUUAGUAGGUGCUAACUCGAGUCCACUUGAUUGUGCGAAUUCCAAUCUGGGUUCUGAAUCCGAGUUGCCUUGGGGGUUGCGGGGAUUGAAUAAUUUGGGGAAUACGUGUUUUAUGAACUCGGUGUUGCAAGCAUUACUGCAUACUCCGCCGUUGAGGAAUUUUUUCUUGAGCGAUCGCCAUAAUCGCUAUUUUUGUCAGAGAAAUGUCAAUGGGGGCAAUAUAAAUUCGAAUGCUAAUGAUGGGAAUGGCAGUAAAAAUUCGCGCAUCUGUUUAGCUUGUGAUCUGGAUGCUAUGUUUUCUGCUGUCUUCUCCGGCGAUCGGACCCCUUACAGUCCAGCAAAAUUUUUAUUCAGUUGGUGGCAACAUGCUGCAAACCUCGCAAGUUAUGAACAACAAGAUGCACACGAAUUUUUCAUCUCUAUUCUUGAAGGCAUCCACGAAAAAGUGGACAAAGAUCGGCGCAAACCUUACAGUCAAGGCAAUGGAGAUUGUUGUAUUGCUCAUAGAGUAUUUUCUGGCAUAUUGCGAUCUGAUGUCAUGUGUAUGGCUUGCGGUUUCACAUCAACAACCUAUGAUCCAUGUGUAGAUAUCUCUUUGGAUCUGGAACCAAAUCUAGGGGGAUCUUCAAAGAUGGCAGCCGCAAGGUCAAAUCUUUCUUGCAAUGGGGAGGCAGAUUGCAUGAACUCAAGCCAAAACCAGAGAUUAUCUUCCCUGGUGGGUUGUUUGGACCAAUUCACUAGACCCGAAAAACUUGGGUCUGACCAGAAAUUCUUCUGCCAACAGUGUCAGGUGCGGCAGGAAUCUCUCAAACAAAUGUCCAUAAGAAAGCUUCCAUUAGUUUCUUGUUUCCACAUUAAAAGAUUUGAGCAUUCUUCGGUUCGGAAAAUGUCAAGGAAGGUGGAUCGUUAUUUGCAGUUUCCAUUUUCUUUAGACAUGGCACCCUACCUCUCAUCUUCAAUCUUGAGAAGUCGAUUUGGGAAUAGGAUUUUUCCUUUUGAUGGAGAUGAACAAGAUGGUUGUAACGAGACGUCGUCAGAGUUUGAGUUGUUUGCUGUUAUUACUCACAAAGGAAAAUUGGACGCUGGUCAUUAUGUCACUUACUUGCGGUUAAGUAAUCAAUGGUAUAAGUGCGAUGAUGCUUGGAUUACCCAAGUCAAUGAAAACAUUGUCAGGGCUGCACAAGGAUACAUGAUGUUUUAUGUGCAGAAGAUGCUCUAUUACAAGGCAAGUGAGAAGCAGAGUGCUUCAUAACAUUUCGGUUAGAAGGAAAACUUGAUCAUGAGGUGAGAUCGGUUGAAGUUCAAUCGAUUUCAUCAAUAUGUUUGUUUUCCAUGAAAGCCAGUAAUCGAUAUAUUUCUCAGUGACAAGCUGAGCUCUGAGUGGAUGCCUACACAUUCUAGUAGGAGAUACAGGCGUCACGUAACUUUUCAGAGAGGAGACUCAGAUCCCUGUUUGAAGGGAACUUCUUUGGUACUUUUUUUGAACUCCUAUUCACAAUUCAAAUAAUAUUGGGGGCUUGCCCUGGAGUUUCAGUACUAAGUUGUGGCUCAGCAGAUUACUGAUUUCUCUUCACAUACCAUGAAAAAGAGGUAUGAAAAAUCUAAUUAUAGAGCUCUCUCUCUCUCUCUCUCUAGAUAACUAAGUAUUCCUGGUUCUUCGGGAAGGUUUCUGAUUAUGAAAUUUAUCCAUCAAUUUUUUUUUGGUGGAGAACCACCUAUUGAUUCAAACUUGAGACUGCAACAUAUGGGCUGCUGCUCCUUUUGGAUCUGGUGCAGUAACAGUAGAAUGACAGGCUGCUUCAGCCCUUUUUAUUACACGUGAUUAAUACUGAAUUUAAGUCUCCUUUGACCCACUUUCUCCUGAUUAAUCCAUUUUCUGACAUGAAUAUAUGAAAGUUUAUGGCAAUUUUAGUCCGACUCUGUUGACAUGGGUUGCAAAAAUGUUCUAAAAAAGUUGUUAAAAAUCAAAAUUUGCUGUUGGCUGAAGAAAGACUUUCUGAGCAGCAGCUUCUCUAUAAACUUUUGUGUAACAUUCAAAAUU